UAACACGUGGGGACGGACCGAUAGAGAGGGAGCCUUUAUAGAUAGGAGGCACGUAGGAAUACACUCGGGCCCGGAGUAGGUACAGUAGUCCUGCCCAGCUCACCGUGGCGGCCCCGGAGACGCCACAAUUCUAUAAGUGUAGCUGCUAAAAUCCCAAGGAGAUGCCACUGAGGUUCCGUUCUGUUGUUCCCUACACAUUGCCCGGAGUGUUGGCACUCAUUGGCUGGUGGUGGUACAUCUCGCGGAAGAAAGAGCGAAUUACCAGCCACACACCCCCAGAGGGGGUUCCGGCUACAAUGGGCCUCUUAAGCCCCCAGAAAGAGAUCAGCAAUGGUUUAGUUGAGAAAGACACUCCAACAAAUGGUAAAGCCACCACCAGUACCCACAGACAAGCCAUCAGUGAUGAACCUCCAAGAGUCAAAGAUCUGGGAUCAAAGGAACACAAAGUCAUUGCCCAGGUCCACAUCGCAGAUGUUAAUGCUUCACCUUCACUGGAACAGAGUUCAAAAGAAGCAGUGCCACACAUCAGCAAAGUCACAACAUACUCGGAAGAAAUACAGCCUAUAGCCUCAACUCUGAAUCCAUCAAGAGCAGAGGAGCUUCCUGCCUUCAAAGUAUCAGAGAACUACCCCAGUGACCCAGAGAGAAGUUCAACUCCUGCUGAGUUAACAGACCCUAAGAAUUAUGUGAAGGAGCCAGCCCAUGUCUCCGAAUCGAUAGCUAAAGAAAUAGUGCUGCACUGUCAGCCAGCCCAAAUCACCCAGGUGAAACAUGCCUCCCGCCGAGUGGUUAACCUUGCUAAUGCCGAGAGGCCUGAGCCGGAAGGGGAGGUUGCACAGGAGGUUUCAAUACUCUGUGUAGCACAGCCUAUAAAGGAUCACCCCAACCAUAAUAUAGAAGAGAUGGCUUCUCCAGUAAUCACAGCCAAAUCCAAGAGAGCAGCAACAUCAGAGGCAGACUUUCGAGCAAUGCCUGUGUCAGCCCAAGGCUCUUACCACCAUAUUCUAACCAGCACACCCUCUCCGGCACCUGCCCCAGCCUCAACCCUUGCAACCCAGAUCCCAGCCCAUGACUCCACCAACCUAGCAUCAGAGGAUUCCCUGGUGUUUCAAGAGCAGCAGGAAAAUGGAGCCAGUGUUGAGGAGUUGAAACUUCUGGCUGCUGGCCUGAUCACUGACGUAAUCAUGGCAGCCACCCAGGAGGUCCUCGGUGUUACCAGCUGCCAUGAUACAGACAGAAGUCAGCCUAGUUUCAGUAGCGACGUGCCAGUGUGCAAUGGCAGGCAAGUCUUCCAGCAAGACUUGAUCACCAAAGCCCACCAACACCGACACUUGCUGGGAGGUCCUUCCCCGAUGGACUGUGCAUUUACAGAGGAAGAGUUCCCUGAUAAGGAAGCACGAGGGAUGCCCAAUGGUUUUUCUACAGCACCUGCGUGGGAGCAUACUCAAGUUGGCCACAAAGAAAAUGAAGUUGAAAAUGAAAACAGAGGCCAUUGGGCACCAACCUCACACAAAGCAGUGAAAGGCGCUCCACUGCCAAUCUCAGUUAAGCUGAACACAGAGGAGAGUGCUAUGCUAGCAGCGGAUUCUGCUUGCAGCACAUGCUACUCUGAGGAUGGUAUCAGCAUUGAAGAUCUCCAUAACAGUGUGCCUGAGAACAAAACUUUGUUUCAAGUUGUAGACAUGUCAGAAAGGGAGCCUACUCUGCCUCAACCGUUAGCUGAGACGUCAACCGAUUUGGCUGUGUUGGACUUGGCUGCAGGGAAUACGUUAAAUGCUGUGUGUGAAACCAAAAGGCUCCAUGGAAUGGGUCUGAACAAUGGCAGCCAUGCAACAAAUGAAGUGGAGGCAGAUCAAUCUGGAGGUUCUGAUGUCAACAGCAUGGAUUCUGUGGACAGCGGCUGCACUAUGGGGGCUGCUGACAAUGACAGCAGCCUCGCUACCGCCUCGAGCUCGGAGGUCAUAAUUUGGGAAAUCGAGGUGCCAAAGCAUCUGGUAGGACGGUUAAUUGGGAAGCAGGGAAGAUAUGUCAGCUUCCUAAAGCAAAACUCGGGUGCAAAAAUCUACAUUUCCACCCUGCCUUACACGCAGGAGUUCCAGAUCUGUCACAUAGAAGGCACUCAGCAGCGAGUCGACAAAGCCCUGGCGCUGAUUGGGAAGAAGUUCAAAGAUUUGGACUUGAACAACUUGUAUGCAGCUCAGCCUCCAGCACUUGCAUUGCCUUCACUCCCUAUGACCUCCUGGUUGCUGCUCCCCAGUGGUGUGACAGUGGAAGUGAUCGUGGUUAACAUUGUGUCAGCGGGCCACGUCUUCGUCCAGCAGCACACGCACCCCACUUAUCAUGCCCUGCGCAGCCUGGAUCAGCAGAUGUUCCUCUGCUACUCGCAGCCUGGUACACCCGCCCUGCCCUCACCUGCCGAAGUGGGAGUGAUCUGUGCAGCCCCGACAGCAGAAGGAGCUUGGUGGAGAGCUCAGAUUAUCAGCUUCUACAAAGAGACGAAUGAGCUGGAGAUCAGAUAUGUGGACUAUGGUGGAUACGACAGGGUAAAGAUCGACUCGCUACGGCAAAUAAGGUCGGACUUUGUAACAUUACCGUUCCAAGGUGCCGAGGUAUUACUUGACAACAUCGCCCCUCUUCCAGGAGAAGAUGGGUUCUCAGCAGAGGCCACGCUGGCACUGGAGGAGAUGACUAGAGGAGUUGCAUCACUUGCACAGGUUUCGAACUAUGACAACAACACAGGCCUUCCACUUGUCCAGUUGUGGAACAUGGUAGGAGAUGAGGUGAUGUCAGUGAACCGUGCACUAGCAGAGAGGGGAUUGGGCAUGUGGGUGGACAGCUUCUGAACUGACCUCCAUCUGGGCCCCCAACAUCAGAUUCUGCUGUAGCCCCUCAUUCCCUACCGACUAGCGGAGACCGGACCUGCCCCUUCAGACAUCUGCCAGAACCGUUGUAUUUAAGAACUGUUUUUCUUUUCACACUACAUUCUGAGGAAUAAAAAUAUUACGUUGUUGUGUGCAGGCAGAUUGAGAACAAAACCACUGCUUAAGAAAAAAAAAGCCAUUUUCCUUUGCCCUACUUUCCUAUACACCAAAAACAUCGCAGGAAAUGUUACGUGUAAAUUUUAAAAAAGGAAUCCAUACUGUAAAUCAAUAAAGGUUCAUCUGAUUG